AUGGCUACCGAUAUAGAGUCAGCAGCUGCCACAGCUCCGGAACUCCCUUCAAGCAACAAGAACGCAUCAUCCUCAUCCUCCCAUGAUGAUCCUGUUGAUACCGAGAAGCUUGGAAGGAGUAGACCUUCAAUCUUUGCUAAUGGCUGGGUUGAAGCAGGGUUUUGUGUAUCUGUUCUCGGUUCGAUGAUGAUGUCAGAGUUCCUCAUCAGUGGAUUUAGCGUGUUGCUCCCGGUGCUCAUCGAAGACACAGGUAUCGACCCUAACCAGAGGACCUGGCCUAUAACCGUCUUCUCCCUCGUCACCGGUUCAUUGUUGUUACCCUUUGGCCGGCUUGUCGAUAUGUUCGGCGCAUUCCCUAUCUACCUCGGAGGGCUAUCAUGGCUAACUCUGUGGGCGAUAGUUGGAGGAUUCAGUCGUACCUUGCCGAUGGUUUUAGCGAGUCGAGCUCUCCAAGGGGUGGGAGCAGCUGCCUUCCUACCUGCCGGUACGACGUUAUUAGGAACCACUUACCGUCCCGGUCCACGGAAGAAUGCCAUUUUCAGCAUGUAUGGAGGUUGCGCACCCUUAGGUUUCUUCUCUGGUAUCAUCGUCGCAGGUCUCACUGGCGAGUUCCUUUACUGGGGUUGGUUUUUUUGGAUUGCAUCUAUACUACUGUCUUUCCUGUGCUUGAUGACUUUUUUCUGCGUUCCUCACGAGUGGAAACGUGGCGACUGGUCCUCAAUGGAUUGGUGGGGUUGCCUUACCAGCGUUUGCAGCUUGAGUCUACUUACAUACGCUAUCACUGAUGCCUCCCACGUCGAAGGCCACUGGGCCUCCCCUCAGAUCAUCGUUACAUUUAUACUUGGGCUCAUAGCCCUCGCGGCUUUUAUCUACGUGGAGGGAUGGGUUGCCGAUUCUCCUCUGCUGCCUUUUGACUUAUUCUCUAUUAAGUACAUCGGACCACUCUUCCUCGCUCUCUUCAUGGCGUGUGGCUGCUUUGGCAUAUAUCUCUUCUACGCAAGUUUUUAUAUACAGACUGUCCUCAAAGUCCCACCAUUACUCGCCGCACUUUGGUUCUCUCCUAUGGCUGCCGGUGGAAUCAUCAUCGCCCUCAUAGGUGGAUUAACACUCCAUCGUUUACCUGGAACUAUACUUCUCCUGCUGGCUGGGACAGGUUUCGUAAUAUGUCCUCUCCUAUUUGCCCUUAUCCCCGAAAAUCCCAAUUAUUGGCGGUGGGUCUUCCCAGCAAUGGUGUGCACAACAAUCGGUAUUGAUAUUAGCUUCAACGUGAGCGGUAUAUUCAUUACUACCAGUGUCCCCAAACAUCAGCAAGGCCUAGCAGGAGCAUGUAUCAAUGGUUUGGUAUACCUGGGUAUCAGUUUCUUUCUUGGCUGGGCGGACUUUGCGGUCGCCAGUAGAUCAAGCGACGAGCUAGGAGAAAGUUAUAAGGUGGCGUUCUGGUUUGCCGUCGGAUGUGGAGCCGGAGUCAUCUUGAUGGUCUUGGGAUUUAUUAGGGUUGGUAAAGCCAAAAGCGAUUUUACAGUAGAUGAGAAAGCACAGCAAAGGGAAGCAGGACGCGAAAGUGAGCAGGCUGAGCAAGAGACGGGAAUUAUGACUUGA